AUGGAUGACCCGAAGAAGGUCAACACGGCAGUGGCGAUUGGGCUUCACACCUGUGGCAUUUGGCCGCUGCCGCGCAUGCUGUGCCGCUUGGAAGCAGCAAAGAAGAACGGCGUGAAGGGCUCCCUAGAAGAUGAUACCUGGCUGAAGACGCAGGAGUUUGCAAGGGACAUGGCUCUGACCUUGCCGCCAAAGCAAGUAGGGUGGAAGAGGGUGUUGACCGAGUUGAACUGGCACACUCGUGAUGGUCUUCGUGCCUCGGCGGUCCAACCAAAGAAGCGGAAGAAGUGA